AUGAAUAAAAUACAAUUGAUUAAAUUGUAUAUAUCAAGAUUAAUUCAUUCAUUGGUACCUCAAGAAUUUGGUGAUGAAUAUAUUGCAAGCUUAUCCAGUGAAAUCUCAGAGAAAUUAUUAAAUUCUUCACUGCAAAAAUUUGAUCUUUCAAUUGUUGUAAAUAAAAUAAAAGUUCAAUUUUUAAAUAACGGUUUCGAUCAAGAAUGGAUUGAAUUUCAAAAUAUAAUAACAGAAUUGACAAACUUCAAAAGUAUAGAUCAAAUUUGCAAUUAUUUGAUUUUCUUAAAUUCAUUAAACAAUCCAAAUGAAGAUUAUCAAUACCAACCUACAUUUAAAGUACCAGAAAAUGCAACAUUAUCUCAAAUAAUACAACCAUAUUAUAAAACUUUGAGUGAAGAAACAAUUGUAUUGUAUCUACCUUAUGUGUUAUUAGGAUCAGAAUCAAAAUUAUUCAAAUUUAAAAAUAAUAGUAUAAUAAUUCCAAAUGAUAUAAAUAAUAGUUUUAGUUUAUUAUUAAAAGAAAUUUUUGAAAUUGCAUUACUUUAUAAACAAUUGGAGUUAUGUAUACAAGAAAAUAAAGGAAAAUUCAAAUCAUCAAUUAAAUCUGCAUUUAUCUCAAUGUUGGAAAUACAAAUCAACAAUUACGUAAAAGAAAUCAAUUUAUUAUUCAGUACUAGUCCAACCAAUUUAAUACAGAUCUAUUCAGGGUUAUAUUCAUGGUUAUUUAAACUUCGAUUUUUGUAUAGAUGCAGUAAGAAGCUCAAUUUAGAAGGAUUUGCGUUUAUAUCAUUUAUGCAUAGAUUUACAAAUUUCGACAAUCAAAUUAGCGAUUUUGCAAAAUUGAUUUUUAGUGAGAUAGUAAAACCUUAUUAUAACAUUAUGGAACAUUGGCUUAUCAAAGGUGAAUUAACAGAUGAAGGAGAAUUUUUCAUUUCUUUUGAUCUGUCUCAAAAUGAAUUUAAUAAAAUAAUCAAGUUUGAUCAAAACAAAGUGUUGCCCAAGUUUUCAAAAGAGGUUGCGAAUAAAAUAUAUCAAAUAGGUAAAACAUUGAUAUUCCUAAAUAAAUACUGUCGAGAGUUGAGAUGGGUAAAUGAAUUUAAUUUGAAAUAUUCAAAUAUUAUAUUCAAUGACAACAAAGGUUUAAUUAGUAUGAGUGAUAAUGCAAUUAUUAAUUUAGUAAGUCAACAAUAUGAAGAAAUAGUGAGUUAUCUUACGUUGGUUAUACAUUCAAAGAACAAUUCAUUUGAACAUUUCAAAAAUUUAAAAAAAAUUUAUUUUAUGCAAUAUAGUGAAUUUAUUGAAAGUAUAAUGUGUAAAGGAUAUGAUGUAUUCAAUCAACAAGCAAGUCAAAUAUCACCAACUUAUUUAAACAAAAUACUACAGGAGAGUAUUUCAAAAUCAUCAAUUAAAAAUUUUGAUGAUAAAAAUAGAAUCGAUUCAAGAAUAAUAAAUAGUGGUGCAAAUGGAUUUGGAUGGGAAUUAUUUACCGUAGAAUAUAGAAUAGAUGAUUUACCAAUGAGUUAUAUUUUAUUUGAAGGACAGCAGCAUUUAAAAUAUUUGAAAAUAUUUCAUUUUUUAUGGAAUUUAAGACAUUUACAAUUUUUAUUAAAUCAGGAUUUUAUAUUAUAUAAACAAUUAAAAAAUAUAAAACAAGCCAAAGUCAUUAAUAUUAUUCGGUUCAAAUUUGCAAAGUUUAUAAAUGAGUUAAUCAAUUAUUUAUCUUUUGAGAUUAUAGAAGAAAGCUUUGAAACAUUCAUCAUAGAAAAAUUAUUUUAUAAUAAUGAUUUAGUUUUAAAUAAACUGUUUAUGAAUUUACCUGACACUAUAAGUGGAUUCAACGUCAAUCAAUUCACAAUUGAUCAAUUAAUAAACCUUCAUGAAAAUUAUCUCGAUAAUAUUAUAAAUACCAAGAUAUUUAAUGAAAAUAUCAAGGGUAAAAAAUCAAAUCAAAGUUUUAUAAAUCAAAUUUAUAAAUUAUUUCAAAUAAUUUUUACAUUUUUAAAUACAUCAAAAGAAUUUCAUUCAUUGGGUUUAAAUUAUAACCUGUUAAUUAUUAAUAAUCAAUCAAGUGAAUUUGAACAAGAUUUACAAAAUAUUCAAGAUGAAAUGAAUAAACUUUUGACUAAAUUAGAUCAAGAUAUUUAUAAACUACAAUAUGGGCCUCAAUUAUAUGUUUUGAAAGAAGAUUUAAAGUUAGAUCUUGAAUUGAAGAAUUUAAAUAGAAUGAUUUAA